AUGAGCAUAUCCGGUAACGACAUUAAACUAUCAUCUUUUCCUGUUGGCGAACCCGGUACAAAUGUUACGACUGUCACAUUUGGUCGACGUUCAGGAAAAAUAAUAGCGACAGGCAGUGAAGAUCAUAGUAUUCACAUAUAUGUCAUCGGUCAAACAACAUCAUUAUUGACAUCACAAUGUCAAAAAAGUGCGAUAACAGCAUUGCGAUUUUCACACGAGGAAAAUCUAUUGGCAUCAGGUAGUCGAUCGGGUGCGAUACAGAUAUGCGAUCUUGACAGUCAAAAGGUUAUUCAUCCUGGUGGUCAUAAAACGAGCAUUCGUUCAAUUGAAUAUUUUCCAUCAAGCAACAACUUUCUUGCUACAGGUGCUGUUGAUGGUACAGCAAAGCUUUGGGAUCCAAGACGAAAAGGUUAUAUCUAUGAUUAUAAAGGACAUAAUGGUGCUAUUAACGCACUGAAAUUCUCUCCUGAUGGACGGUAUCUAAUUACUGCUUCGGAUGACACAGCCAUUCAAAUGUGGGAUGUGACAGCUGGGAAAUUGAUCAAAUCUUUUCAAGAGCAUCAAGGACCUGUAUAUACUAUCGAGUAUCAUCCGAAAGAACUUUUAUUAGCAUCAGGCGGAGCUGACCGACGAAUUAAAUUUUGGGAUUUGGAAAAACUUCAAUUUGUCUGUGAAACUGAUAUUGAAACAUCAGCUAUAAAAUGUUUAGCAUUUGAACCAACGAAUGCUAAUUAUUUACUGUCGGGAUCAAAUGAUAUGUUACGUGUUUAUAAUUGGGAACCGGUUCAAUUAUUAGAUACUGUGCAAGUUGGUUGGAAAAAUAUCAUUGAUAUGACUGUUCACAAGGAUAAAUUGUAUGGAGCCUCUGUUUCGCAAAAUAAUGUUUGUAUUGGCUCACUUCAACUUCAAAAUCUAAAAACUAAGCGACGCAUUUCACCUGUUCGUGAUUAUUAUCCAAGUGAUCCAAAAGCGUCACCCGUAGCAACAGGUACUAUCACCGGUCGUCGAAGUCAAUACCAAGCAAUGGCUGUCAAAGACGAACAAGUCAAACUCCAACGAGAACCAUCCACGGGUAGCAACACUGAUGAUUCGAAAACGAAUGCUGCGGAUAGUAUUAUGAUCGAUAAUCAGGCAGAUUAUGAACAAAUCUUUCGCGCUAAAGCACGUUUGCCACGCUCGCCUAGCCAUCAAGGAGUCUCGACUCAACCUGCAGCAGCAGCACCAUCAUCAUCAUCAGCUGGAUUCAAUAUUCAAGCACCAGCACCAACAGAAAUCUCAUCAGUAGCAGCUAAACCGAAACCUCCUCAAUCUGUUUCACCCCCACCACAAGUUGACAUGUUAAUGCCUCCUAUUCAAAUGCCGAAUCCUUCCAUAACACCACCGGAUACUCCUCGAACCAAUGAACAAAUCUUUGCAAACCUAUCCAAAGGAAACAAAACCAUCGUUUCCACACAACAACGUCGUCAACGUAAUCUCUCGCUAUUAGUAUCACUAUCACGUUCAAGUACUACGCAGACAUUCCAAGCAGUUACAGUUUCGCAAGAUCAGUCGCUCGAAUCCUUCCUCUUGCGUUUUGUUCUGGAAAAACUACCUAAACGCGAAUGGAAUUUAGAAAUUUGUAUAUUAAUUUUACCAGCUAUACGAGAUUUGAUCAAAUCCCAUUAUCAUGGAUACAAUCUAACAGCUUGCCAAGCACUUGGAAAGAUUCUUGGCGAUUUCGGAAAAAUGAUUUAUGAUAACAUUGGAGCAAAGUCGAUCGGUGUUGAUCUCAGUCAACAAGAACGACGUGAGAAAUGCCAAUCAUGUCAUCAUACAUUGCAUGAAAUUCGUUGUUUAAUCGAAGCUCGACUAAAAAAUAUACGAACCAAUUCUUAUUUCAUGCACUGUGAUACACAAUCAUCUUAA